GGACACCCGUCACAAUGAAUAUGUUUCUCAAACCCUUGGUACUGACAUAUCACCGAAUCGCGUUCAAUACUCAUGGCCUUCAAUCGCAAACUUGUACUUUAAAGUCGGAAACUAUUCCAAAACUGAGGCAAACGAUCUACUUGUUGCUGAACUCUGCAUACUACUAGCGAAAAAGGUUAAAGAUGAAACUGAAAUAAAGAAGUUUACUGAUAAGUCCUUAUUUUGGGUUGAAAGACAAUCUGAUAGGCGUGAUUGCCUAAAGCAUCGUGAUGGAAGUACACCAAGUACAUCUUUGUACCUUGACACUGGAAAUUUUGGAAAUUUGCUAGUGGCUAGUAUUCAAUGGAUUGAUGAUACUGUAAAAGGCUUGUUAACGAUUGAGGAUACUUUUCAUAUAAUCCAUUAUUGA